AUGGCUGAGCCCCUGAAGGAGGACGACGGCGAGGAUGGCUCCGGAGAGCCCCCCGGGCCGGGAAAGGCGGAACCCACCGGCCCCGCCGCCUCCGUGGCGGCCAAGAACCUGGCCCUGCUGAAGGCGCGCUCCUUCGACGUGACCUUCGACGUGGGGGACGAGUACGAGAUCAUCGAGACCAUCGGCAACGGGGCCUAUGGGGUGGUGUCCUCCGCGCGCCGCCGCCUCACCGGCCAGCAGGUGGCCAUUAAGAAGAUCCCUAACGCUUUUGACGUGGUGACCAAUGCCAAGCGGACCCUCAGGGAGCUGAAGAUCCUCAAACACUUCAAGCACGACAACAUCAUUGCCAUCAAGGACAUCCUGAGGCCCACUGUGCCCUAUGGCGAGUUCAAAUCUGUCUAUGUGGUCCUGGACCUGAUGGAGAGUGACCUGCACCAGAUCAUCCACUCCUCGCAGCCGCUGACGCUGGAGCACGUGCGCUACUUCCUGUACCAGCUGCUGCGGGGCCUCAAGUACAUGCACUCGGCUCAGGUCAUCCACCGCGACCUCAAGCCCUCCAACCUGCUGGUGAACGAGAACUGCGAGCUCAAGAUUGGGGACUUCGGCAUGGCCCGAGGCUUGUGCACCUCGCCCGCCGAGCAUCAGUACUUCAUGACCGAGUACGUGGCCACGCGCUGGUACCGAGCCCCCGAACUCAUGCUCUCCCUGCACGAGUACACGCAGGCUAUCGACCUGUGGUCUGUGGGCUGCAUCUUUGGGGAGAUGCUGGCCCGCCGCCAGCUCUUCCCAGGCAAAAACUACGUGCACCAGCUGCAGCUGAUCAUGAUGGUGCUGGGUACCCCGUCGCCUGCCGUGAUUCAGGCCGUUGGGGCUGAGAGGGUGCGGGCCUACAUCCAGAGCCUGCCGCCGCGCCAGCCUGUGCCCUGGGAGACGGUGUACCCGGGUGCCGACCGCCAGGCCCUCUCCCUGCUGGGGCGCAUGCUGCGUUUUGAGCCCAGUGCCCGCAUCUCAGCAGCUGCCGCCCUUCGCCACCCCUUCCUGGCCAAGUACCACGACCCCGAUGACGAGCCUGACUGCGCCCCGCCCUUUGACUUUGCCUUUGACCGCGAAGCCCUCACACGGGAACGCAUUAAGGAGGCUAUCGUGGCCGAGAUCGAAGACUUCCACGCACGGCGCGAGGGCAUCCGCCAGCAGAUCCGCUUCCAGCCUUCCCUACAGCCUGUGGCCAGUGAGCCCGGCUGCCCCGAUGUUGAGAUGCCCAGUCCCUGGGCUCCCAGUGGGGACUGUGCCAUGGAGUCCCCUCCACCGGCCCCACUGCCAUGCCCCGGCCCUGCGCCCGACACCGUCGAUCUGACCCUGCAGCCGCCCCCGCCGGCCAGUGAACCAGCCCCUCCAAAGAGGGAGGGAGCCAUCUCAGACAACACCAAGGCUGCCCUCAAGGCCGCCCUGCUCAAGUCCUUGCGGAGUCGGCUCCGAGAUGGCCCCAGCGCCCCCCUGGAAGCUCCCGAGCCUCGGAAGCCGGUGACAGCCCAGGAGCGCCAGCGGGAGCGGGAGGAGAAGCGGCGGCGACGGCAGGAGCGGGCCAAGGAGCGGGAGAAGCGGCGGCAGGAGCGGGAGCGCAAGGAGCGGGGCGCCGGGGCCUCCGGGGGCCCCUCCGCCGACCCCCUGGCCGGGCUGGUGCUCAGCGACAACGACCGCAGCCUGCUGGAGCGCUGGACUCGCAUGGCCCGGCCCCCCGCCCCCGCGCCCACGCCGCCCCCCGCCCGGCCCCGCAGCCCGCCUGCGGCCCCCCCGCCACAGCCUACCUGCCCGCCCGCUGGGCCUGCGGCUGCUCCACCCCAGACCACCACCUCCUCCGGCCUCCUGGCCCCCCAGCCGCUGGGGCCCCCCCCUGGGCUACCUGGCGCCAGCGCCCCGAGCGUUCUGCCUUACUUCCCCUCUGGCCCACCUCCUCCAGACCCCGGGGGCGCCCCUCAGCCCUCCACCUCCGAAUCACCCGACGUCACCCUGGUGACCCAGCAGCUAUCCAAGUCGCAGGUGGAGGACCCCUUGCCCCCCGUGUUCUCCGGCACCCCAAAGGGCAGUGGAGCGGGCUAUGGCGUUGGCUUUGACCUGGAGGAAUUCCUAAACCAGUCUUUCGACAUGGGCGUGGCUGACGGACCACAGGAUGGCCAGGCCGACUCAGCCUCGCUCUCAGCCUCCCUGCUCGCCGACUGGCUCGAGGGCCACGGCAUAAACCCUGCUGACAUCGAGUCCCUGCAGCGUGAGAUCCAGAUGGACUCCCCCAUGCUGCUGGCUGACCUGCCUGACCUCCAGGAGCCCUGA